GCGCAGCUCUACGGCCGCCUGUACUCGGAGAGCUCGCGCUGCGUCCUGCUCGGACGACUGUGGCGCAGGCUGCGCGGCCGCCCGGGCCAUGCUUCUGCCUUGAUGGCGGCCGUCUCCGGUGUCUUCGUGUGGGAAGAGGAGAGAAUCCAGGAGGAGGAGCUGCAGAGAUCCAUUAAUGAGAUGAAAAAGUUGGAGGAAGUAUCAAGUAUAUUUCAGAACUCUGGAGUUGAGUGCCAUCCUCCAGAACCAAAAUCCCAAACAGGAGGGAAUGAAGACUCGAAGGACAAAGAACAGCCAUGGGAGAUGGUGAUGGACAAGAAGCAUUUCAAGCUGUGGCGGCGCCCCAUCGUGGGCACCCACCUAUACCAGUACCGAGUUUUUGGAACCUACACAGAUGUGACACCUCGGCAGUUCUUCAAUGUUCAGCUGGACACUGAGUAUAGAAAGAAGUGGGAUGCCCUGGUGAUCAAGCUGGAGGUGAUUGAGAGGGAUGCAGUUAGUGGUUCUGAAGUUCUUCACUGGGUGACCCACUUUCCUUAUCCAAUGUACUCUCGGGAUUAUGUUUAUGUGCGGCGGUAUAGCGUGGAUCAAGAAAACAAUGUGAUGGUGUUGGUGUCACGGGCUGUCGAUCACCCUAGCGUGCCAGAGUCCCCGGACUUUGUCAGGGUCAGAUCAUAUGAAUCCCAAAUGGUCAUCCGUCCCCACAAGUCAUUCGAUGAGAAUGGCUUUGACUACCUGUUGACAUACAGUGACAAUCCCCAGACUGUGUUUCCGCGCUACUGUGUCAGUUGGAUGGUUUCCAGUGGCAUGCCAGACUUCCUGGAGAAGCUGCACACUGCCACUCUGAAGGCCAAGAAUAUGGAGAUCAAAGUGAAGGACUACAUCUCGGUGAAGCCUCUGGAAGUGAGCAGUGAGGCCAAGGCCACUGUCCAGUCCUCCGAGCGGAAGAGCGAGGGCAGCUGCAGCCCAGCUCGUAUUGAGUAUGCCUGAAGGGCUGUAGCAUGAGAAAGGACAGGCACUGCCAGCCCUGUCUCAAACCUUUAUCACUGCUGCAGCACGGAGACAAGCCACAAGUGUUGGAAAGCAUCUGCGGGAAUGACCAGUGCAGGACCGUCUCAUGACUGGUGUCUGGUGUCAUUCAGAGGCCUGCUGCGCUCUGUCAGAGAGAGGACGUCCGUGGAGGCCUAGUCAUGUUCUCGGGCUGACCAUCCUGAAAUGCGAUAUUUCACUGAGCUCGCCUGGAACGGCCCUCGAUUCUCAGGCCACGAGGGGAUGCCAUUUGCCUCCUCCGAGGAAUUUCCUCAUGACAUUCCAAACUCUGCCAUUGGCUUCUGACCUCCUCAGGCUCCGUGGGUCACCUGGGAAGCAUGGCUGGUGGUGGCUUCUCAUAAGGGGUCACAGGCAGUGCUCUUGGUAACAAUCCUGGUGCAAAUGAGUGUGAAUGAUACAUGGCCAUUCCAAGUGCCUUGUCCUCACCUCGCUUUUAUCUUUAGGACACGAAGUUUGUACCAAGACAUUUCUCCUGUAAAGUACAUCCCGCUGACUGAGUGGGCCCCAAAGUUCCCUCGAACAGCCAGUGGUAUUCUUGCACUGUGUACCAGAUCAUUGCCUCAUUCCCAGACUUAGCCCAUUUGCCGGGAACACUGGAGCUGCGUCCUCUCAGAUGGUGCUUCUGUGUCAUCGGUAUCAAUAGGGCCAGUGGAAAUGCUUACAACAUCACAUUUAAAUUCGAUUUAGGGCCAGAGAUUUAGCUCAGUGGCACUGCGCCUGCCUCGCAAGCGCAAGAUCCUAAGUUUGAUUCCUGGUACCAAAAAAUAAAAUAAAUCAAUUUAAUUUUUUAAAUAUUUGUGUCAAAAAGGAAUUGAAUGAGAUUUUUCCUUAGUCCUGCUGUUCAGAAAAGCUUUGGAUCAGGCAUUGUUUCCUCCACUUCAGAGUUGAUUUGUCCUCUUUAGAAGGCUGGUGGCAGAGGAGUGGGCUGGGCCUCCCUCUGGAAACACUCGCAGAGGGCUCAGAGUGGGUAGGCCACAGUGUGGACAGAUAGAUGGAAUGUUGCCCAGACACUGACAGAGCAUGGAUAUGGCAUGUGUGACCCUCUUGUUGCUCUAGAAAGUUUUCCUUUUCAGAGCUGAAAUAAAGGCAAGAUAAGGUUACACCAGAUGGCAUUGGCUUGGCCUCACUGGUUUUUCUUGUGGUCAUGUUGCAAUCUCUUGGGAGAAUAGGGAUCAAGUUUUGAAUCCGCCCUCUUUUCUGGAGUUUAAAUGGCUGAGUUUCCCCUUUUUUCUUGCUUGCUACCCUGUUAACGUUGAAAAAGAAAUCUAAACCAGAGACUAAUUUAAGCCCCUCCUUGACCUCAUUGCCUGUUCAGUUUUUUGCCAAGGACUAAAUAACUACUCCACUGUUUGUUGCCCUGUCAGAGUGGACAGAGAGCAGACCUGCAGUGAGAAGUCCUCUCCCAGGACCUAGCUGAAGCCUGGAACAGUCCUGUGUUCCAUCCGACCUCAGCACCUGUGGUCGUGAGUGGGUGUGCAUGUGAGUGGGUGUGUGAGUGUGUGCACAGGUGCUCAGCAAUUGGGGUCGCCCCUGUUCUCACUUAGUCAUUUGGUUAUGUACAGUUAUUUCUGUCAUUGUAAUUUCACUCCUAACUGUGAUGUUUUUAACAAAUGUGUGAAUAAAUAUAUAAAGAUUGGUUGGUACAAAAGAGUUUGU